AUGAAUUUAAUCGUUAUUGGUGGUUAUUUUUAUAAAGUUCCUCAAGAACUUAUAUUGCUGCUUUUCACAUUUUUAGUUAUCUUUUUUCAUCGUUUGUUUUAUAAGCCAUCUUUAACUGAAUCAGAGAACUUGAUUAUAGACAAUGAUUUAUCGUUAGGAUAUGGUAGUGCGUUGUGUUAUUAUGACAAUUAUUUAAAUUACAUUCUUCGACAUCCACAUGUAGACUUAAAACAUCGAAUUCGAAUGUUUAAAAGUAGGCAUAGUAUAAAAAAUAUGUCUGAUAAACUUUUUAUUUUAAUUCCUUCCUCUUGUAAAGUUGAAACAUAUAUAGACGAAUUUGAUUGCAUUAACCGCUGCAAGGAAUUAAUUCCGGUAGAAAUAAAUAUUGCCGGCAUAUCAAAAAGAACCUUUAACAUCUCUGUUUAUCAUAUAAUAUGUGAUGAUGAUGUUCAAAAUUCAGUUCGAUUAGCACUAGAAUAUGCUCAGCCAUUGAAAGUACUCUUUUCUUUAAAAGAAAAAGGAUUACUCUCAAUAGAAGAUAUGCAUAAACAAAGAGAAAUAUUUACGAAACUUUUAAAGAAAAAGCUCUCUGACAGCGGAAGUUCUGAACUAGUACAUCUUAUAGAAUAUGAUGAUUUUCCAUCACAAGAAUUGUUUGAGGUCUUAUUGAAAGUAGAAGCUGUUCAUGAAUUUAGGAAAUACAAAUCUUAG